AUGGAGGGAUAUGAUGAAACUGGCACAAGUGCACAAACAUUUGUAUUUCCGGAAUAUGCAAUAGAAUCAGCGCGCUUGCGUUCAUUCAAAAACUGGCCAAGAGGCCUGAAGCAAAAGCUACAUCAAUUGGCAGAUGCUGGUUUUUUCUACACAAGAACAAGCGAUCACGUCAUUUGCUUUAGCUGCGGCGGUGGUUUGAGCCAAUGGGAAGAAGAUGACAUUCCUUGGGAACAGCAUGCAUUGUAUUAUGACCAAUGCAAAUAUAUGCGCAUUAUCAAAGGAAAUGAUUUUCACGAUGAAGUGGUUUUAAAAUUGGCGAUGGAACGCAUUGAAAAAAGUAAAAAUAACACUAGCGAUGAAACAUCGCCACCUAAUGCAACAUCUUUGGAAAGUGAAUCUUCAGAUGGCGAUGAAAAGUGCUGUGAAAAAUGGUUCGAAAAAUUAAAUGAUUCAAGAAAGUGUCGAAUUUGUUAUGAAAACGAAUACAGCUGCGUAUUUAUUCCAUGCGGACAUAUAUUUGCAUGUGCAAAAUGUGCUUUGGUACUUGAAAAGUGCCCAAUGUGCCAAAAAACAUACACAAAUUUGCAAAAGAUCUUUUUUCCUUGA